AUGGGCCCUGUUCAGGUGUUCUGUAACCAGAAGUGGGUCUACCUCUACAGGUGUUCUGUAACCAGAAGUGGGUCUACCUCUACAGGUGUUCUGUAACCAGAAGUGGGUCUACCUCUACAGGUGUUCUGUAACCAGAAGUGGGUCUACCUCUACAGGUGUUCUGUAACCAGAAGUGGGUCUACCUCUACAGGUGUUCUGUAACCAGAAGUGGGUCUACCUCUACAGGUGUUCUGUAACCAGAAGUGGGUUUACCUCUACAGGUGUUCUGUGAUAUGAAGACGAGCGGUGGGGGCUGGACCGUGCUGCAGCAUCGUAGAGACGGAGCGGUGGAUUUCCACCGUGGCUGGAGGGAUUACAAGAUGGUAUGUUCACUAGACUUUAAACACAAGAGGUCAACCAAGUCUUCUUUGGUGGGUCAUUGUCAGCAGAGACCGCUUCUGUAUUUCAUUGAACUACCGGUAGUAGUCAAAGAGGCAGGAGUGUCUGUUAAGGCAGACUAUUUUAGACUAUGUUCACCUCAACAACAGCAGAUCAUGUCAACAGAGUAUUUUCCUGGAUGUCUUUAAAAUAUCUAACAUAAUUUGUGUAAAUAAAGUCAGAUUUUCUUUCAGUAUAUUACCAUGGAAAACUCUCACAGCGUCUGGUACAACGUCAUCUAUCUAGUUUAGGCAAGUUGUUGUGAUAGACUUCAUCCAAAAGCAAGAUAGCAAACUCUCUGAAUCACAGGCGCAUUGUUAUACGAGUUUGUAGGAUUAGGAGGAGCAGUGGUUCUGGAUUCUUCACUUAGACUAGACAGGAGGUUCCAAUCCCUUUAAGAAGGGGUAGAGGAGAGGGUUGGAGAGGGUUUAGGAUUGGGGAGGCGUGGGAUACAGACAGAUCUGUGAUCCGGGGUGACCCUGGUUGUUUGGGUAGGCUUCCCCCCUUGUUCCCCGACGACACUCCCUGUUCUGUUGUUGCACCUGCACUCUCUCUGUCUCUCCCUGUCGGUGUCCGACCCCCACACACAGUCAUAACACAUCAGAGACACACACACAACACAGACGCGCGCACACACACACACACACACCACAACACACACACACACACACACACACACACACCACACACAACAACACACACACCACACCACACACACACACACCCCAACACCCACACACCACCCACCAACCACUAAAAACAAAAAAACCCCAAAAAAAAAAAAAAAAAACAAAAAAAAACACACACACAAAAAAAAAAAAAAAAAAAAAAAAAAAAAAAAACAAAAAAAAAAAAAAAAAAAAUUAAAAAAAAUAAAAAACCCCCAAAAACCCAAAUUCCCGAAAAAGACCCACAAAAACACCAAAAAAAAAACACACAAACACACAACAAACCCCACACCCACCACAAAAAACCCCCUUUAAACUCACACACAAAAACACACACAAAAACCCACCCAAAAACCCCCACCCCCAAAACCCUCGCCCACUACACCUCACCCCCACACCCCAAAACACACACACACACACACACACCACACAACACCAACACUCCAUCCCCUCACACUCACAUACUCCCAUCAUAACCCUGCCCACUCUAAAAGUCACUUCGAUCAGGGGGUUUCGGGUAUUUAAAUUUCCGCUGAUCUUUUUGAUUGGUCAAGAGAUCCCCCAUGGAGAGUACGGGGGGAUAGAGACUAGCUACGCAACAGGUAUUAAGAUCCCCCAUGUAAGUACUGGGGGGAAAGGAACAGGCUAAAAACAACAGGGCAGUAGAGUCCCACCAUGUAGAGUACUGGGGGGAGUAGAUCUAGCUAACAGCAACAGGAUCAUAGAAAUCCCCCAUUAAGACUGGGGGGAAGGGGAGACUAGCAACGCACAGGGUCAUAAAGCCCACCAUGUGAGGUUUCUGGGGUUAAAAAUCUAGCUAAAAGAACAGGGUCAGUAGAGAUCCCACCAUUUUAAUCGGGGGGGAAAGAAAAAUACUAACAGCAACGGGUCAAAGAUCCCACCAUGAGAGUAAUUUGGGGGGAGUGGGGAUAAGCUAAAACGCCAGGAUUUAUAGAAUCCCCCUGUAGGUACGGGGGGGAAAAGAUUUUCUGCUAACAGCAACGGAUCAGUAGAGAUCCCACAUGUAGAGUCUGGGGGAGGAGGGGGGUCUAGCUAACAGCAAAAAGGGUCAUGGGGAUCCCACCUGGAGGUCGGGGUAAGAGGGUACUACUAAAAGAACAGGUCAGUAGGAUCCCACCAUGUAGAUACGGGGGUAAAGAGAUACUAGCAACGCAACAGGUCUAAAAAUCCCACCCUGUGAUACUGGGGGUAAAAGAGAACUAGCUAACAGGCAAAGGAUCAGUAGAGAUCCCACCAAAGUAGAGUACUGGGGGUAAAGAGAGACUACUAAAAGCCCAGGAUCAGUAAGAUCCCACCAUUAGAGACUUUGGGUAAAAAAGACUGCUAACAGCAAAGAUCAUAAAACCCCAGUAGAGUACGGGGGGGAGUAAAUACUCUAACAGCAACAGGAUCAUAGAGAUCCCCCCAUGUAGGUAAAGGGGGUAGUAGAGAGACAGGCUAAACAACAGGGCAGUAGAUCCCCCAUGUAGGGGGCUGGGGGUAGUAAGAACUAGCUAACAGCCAGGAUCGAAAUCCCACCAUGUGAGUCUGGGGUAUAGAGGAAUAGCAACAGCAACAGGGUCAGUAGAAUCCCCCCCAUGUUAAAAAGUACUGGGGGUAAGAGUACGCUAACAGCAAAAGAUGUGAGAUCCCCCCAUGUAGAGUUACUGGGGGGUAUAGAAUACUAAAAGAAAAGGGUCGUAGAGAUCCCACCAUGUAGAGUACGGGGGGGGAGUAAGAUCAGCUAACACAACAGGGCAUAGAGAUCCCCCUGAGAGUACUGGGGGGUAAAAGGGACGGUAACCAACAGGUCAUAAGAUCCCCCAUGUAGAGUACUGGGGAAAAAAAAAAAGACGGUAACAGCAAAAGGAUCAUAGAACCCCCCUGUAGAGUACUGGGGGACAGAGAUUUAUAGCAACAGCAAAAGGUCAUAAGACCCACCAUGUAGAGUAAAAUGGGGGGAAAAAAUACUAGUAAAACCAACAGGAUCAGUAGAGAUCCCACCAUGUAAGUACUGGGGGUAUAGGAUACAGCUAACAGCAAAAGGAUCAGUAGAGAUCCCCCCCUGUGAUACUGGGGGUAAAAAAAGACUAGCAACAGCAAAAGGGUCAUAGAGAUCCCCCACAUGUAGAGUACUGGGGGUGUAGAGACUGCUAACCCGCAACAGGGCAGUAAGUCCCACCCCUUAGAGUCUGGGGUAAAGAGAGGGUUUCUAACAGCAACAGGGUCGUAGAGGUCCCAUUUUAAAUACUGGGGGGUAAAUGAAUCUACUAACCAAACCGGGUCAGUAGAGACCCCCAUUUUUGAGUACUGGGGGUAAAGAGUACUACUAAAACCAAAAGGACAGUAGAGACCACCAUGUAGGUAUGGGGGGGAAAAAAGAGACUAGCUAACAGCAACGGAUCAGAGAGAAACCCCCCAUGUAAAUACUGGGGGUAAAGAAGUAGCUAACAGCAAAAAAGGACAGAGAGAUCCCCCCAUUAGAGUACGGGGGUGUAAGAUAUAACUAACACCAAAGGUCUAAGAUCCCCCCAGUAAAUAGGGGGUUUAAAAGGACUACAACCGCAAAAGGUCAUAAGAUCCCACCAUGUAAGUAGGGGGGGUAGUAAGGGUACUGCUAACGCAACAGGAUCAUAGAGAUCCCCCCAGUAGUACUGGGGGGUAUAAGAGACGGCUAACAGCAAAGGAUCAGUAGAGAUCCCCCAUGUAGAUACUGGGGUUUUAGAGAUCCCAGCUAACAGCAAAAGGAUAAUAGAAUCCCCAAAACCCUGUAGAGUAUGGGGGGGGUAAGAUACUAGCUAAAAAAAAAGGGUCAGUAGAGAUCCCCCCUGUAGGACGGGGGGUAUAGAGAUACUAGCUAAAAGCAAAAGGGUCAGUAGAGAUCCCCCCAUGUGAGUACGGGGGUAGUAGAGGAAGCUAAAAAGCAACGGGUCAUUAGAGAUCCCCCCAUGUGAUAGGGGGGGAGUAGAGAUUAGCAACGAACAAUCAGUAAAUCCCAAACCAUGUAAGUACGGGGGGGAUGAGAUAACAACCGCAAAAUCAUAGAGAUCCCCCCAUGUAGAGUACUGGGGGUAUAAAAGGGAAAAGGCUAACACAAAAAAGGUCAGAAGACCCCCCAUGUGGGGUACUGGGGGUAGAGAGGGAAUAGCUAACAGCAAAGAUCUAAGAUCCCCCCCAUUUGAGUACUGGGGGGAGAAGGAAAUAGUAACCCAAAAGGAUCAUAGAGAUCCCCCCCAUGUAGAGUCUGGGGGUGUAGAGAAAUAGUAACACAACAAUCAAGAGAUCCCACCAUGUAGAGUACUGGGGUAAAGAAGACAGCUAAAAAGCAAGGGGUCAGUAAGGAUCCCACCAUUAAGUAUGGGGGGUAGUGAGAGACUAGCUAAACAAAGGAUCAUAGAGAUCCACCAUGUAGAGACUGGGGGGGAGUGGACAGCAAAAGAAAAGGAUCAGUAAGAUCCCCCCAGUAGAUAAUGGGGGGGUAGAAUACAGCAAAAGCAAAAGGGUCAGUAGAAUCCCACCAUUAGUUCUGGGGUAGUAGAGAGACGGGUAACAGCAAAAAGGGUAUAGAGAUCCCCCCAGUAGGUACUGGGGGAGUUAAGAUAAACCCGUAACGCAACGGAUCAGUAGAGAUCCCCCCCAUGUAGAGUACUGGGGGAGUGAGGACGGUCCAGCAACAGGAAACAGUAGGAUCCCCCCAGUAGAGUACUGGGGGUAUAGAAACCCGCUACGCAACAGGACAGUAGAGUCCCCCAGUGAUUGGGGGGGUGAGAUACUAGCUAACAGCAAAAAAGGAUCGUGGACCCACCAGUGAGUAGGGGGUAGUAGGGAAAAUAGCUAACGCACAGGAUCAUAGAGAUCCCACCCUUGAGACUGGGGGGAAGAGGAAAGGGCUAACCAAAAAGGAUCAGUUUGGGU